AUGACACUGGACGGAAGGAAAUACCUAGUCUGUGUGGAUUAUUUCUCCAAUUAUACCUUGGUUGAUCGACUCCAAGGAACAUCAUCAGGUUGCACAAUCAAGCUGAUAAAGAAACACUUCAUGAGAUAUGGCAUCCCAGAAGAAGUUACUAUCUAUCUAUCUAUCUAUCUAUCUAUCUAUCUAUCUAUCUAUCUAUCUAUAGGCCUCGAGAAAAUGACUGUGCAUCACCCCCUUGCUUCUCUGGCCAUUAUUGUUGUGGCCUUUGUUGGUACAGUGGGCGCACUUCCUAUUCGCUUGUAUGGAGGUGGAUACUACCCAAUAAAAUAUCCAGUUUUGCCAUAUUUGGGGCAAUUUGGUUUUUUCUAUCAACAUCCAUACAUAAAUUUAAACCCUUACAAUCCAUUUCAAAGAUACUUCGAUGUGAUUCUGCCGGAUAGAACUAGUAUUGAAAUACCGGACAUUCCCUCACCAAUUGUAAGCAAUAAAAAAGAGGCGAUUAAUUGGAUUCUGAUGAUAAUGAAAUGGCCCGGAUGGGAUUCGGUUAUAAAAGACAAACAGACGAAAGAAAAGUGGAAAAAACUGGUUUAUAAUAUGAAUAACUUCACUGAUAUCAAUAACCCGGAAUGGUCGAAUCAGCUUCGCCAGUGGAUCGCGAAACAACGAGAUAGUAUACAACUAUUUUCAAAAGUCUAUGAUUAUAUGAAGCAGUUUCCGGAGUGGGAAGAUAACAUCAAAAUCUGGCUCAACUUCACGUCAGUUUCUGCUGAAUAUGCCAGUUCCUUUAAGGAAUGGGUGAAGAAUCUCACCAAUGGUGCAAAUACAAAUCCUUCAAGGAACUUACCUGGCACAGAACCUCAAUUUCCUGGUUUUCCCCCGACACCCUGGCAGCCACCAGCCGUUCCGUGGCGACCAAUAAAGAAUGUACCUCCAUAUUUUGGUUUCGACGAAUAUGAGGAUCCAGAACGUCAAAAAGAUCUGUUUGGACUCGAUGAACAACCUUCUGAACCCGAGGAUCUGUUUCCACCUUAUUAUCCUUCGCUGUGUGCAAAUUAUGAAUGUUUCCCCAAUCCGCUUCUACCUCCUUCUCCUUCUCCUCCUCCUUCUCCUCCUCCUUCUCUUCCUCCUUCUCCUCCUCCUCUUCCUCCUUCUCUACCAAAUUUUCCCCCGUUUCCUCGUGAUUUACCCCAAUUCCAUAUCAGCUUCAAAACAACAGUAAGAGAUUCCCGACUUAGAGGUACAAGAGGAGAGUAUAUUUUUUCACUGAACGGAUUGCCAGAAACCAACUAUAAUUAUUGGAUUUCAUAUGAGGUGAAUGGAACAAAAGAUACAGAGUUGAAUACAUUUCAACCCCAAAAUGGUGAUCUUAUCAUAAUCGACUACACUGACUGGAAAACAAUUAUAAACAAGAUAGCCACUAUAAAAUAA